AUGAUGUCUACUAUUUCUCCGGUUUUCUCAUCUGAACCGGGUCUAGUAACCCCUGUCCCAGCUUUCGAAACCGGAUUCACUCCAUUGGACAUUUCACACCUCUUUACGGUCUUCGGCUCAUCAAUGGAUCUAAUACCGGACUACGUAAACCCUGGUCGGGUAAACCGGACUGGUUUAGACGUUUCUCCAACGGAGAAUACCGAUGAUCGGAGAAAGAAACGGAAAUUAUCGAACCGGGAAUCGGCUAGGCGGUCAAGGGUGAAGAAAGAAAAGCACUUGGAGGAGUUGAGUAUUCAGCUAAACCAGCUCAAGAUUGAAAACCGGGAAUUGGCGAACCAGUUUCGGUACGUUUUAUACCAUUGUCAACGAACAAAAACGGAGAAUGAUCGUCUACGUUUGGAGCACCGUAUUCUCCAAGAUAAGCUGUUGAAUCUCAGACAAAUUUUGAUGUUUCUUCAUAUCGAACGGAGCUCAAACUGUGCCACGUGGCCUUGCGAUAACGGUAGUGUUGUUACGGUCCAACAUGAUCCGUCGAAUAUAACAAAUCUUGUUAUAGUUUGA